UUUUUGUCUUCACUGAUCCCAGAGUUGCUGAGAGAGUCUUAUUGAUCGUUAUAACACCAAACCCUUCAUUUAGCUUUACAGAUUGGGAUUCUAAGUUGCAGCAAACGAUGGUAGAGAUGUUUCCUUUAAGAUCAGCAGAUGCUGCUUACGGAAAGAUCAAAUCUAUGCUCUCUACUCUUGGUGAUACUUUUACUCGGAUCAUUAGCCCAAAGGAGUACCAAAGUUUCAGAAUUGGUAGUGAUGGGAACCUGUAAGGUGUUGGUCUUUUCAUAAACUCAGAACCAGGAACAGGUUACCUGGUUAGUAACAAAACACACAUCUUGAUGAGACCAACGUAGCAUGAAGUAGAUAGAUGUUGUUUCAUGGUAGAGAGAUCAAUGUAGGUUGUUAUGUCUUGCAUAGAAGAUUCGCCUCCCUAUUGAUGAAGACCGGUGAACACAAAACGUCUAGGAGAAACUACGACGCGACCCGAGCUUACGCUCUCUCCAAGCUAGCCAACGUUCUCCACACGAUAGAGCUUUCCCUGGUUCUCCAUAAAAUGGAUGCUAAUGUAACUGCAAACUGUGUUCAUUCUGGAAUCGUGAGAACGCGUCUCACAAGAGACGGAGACGGCCUCAUCACUGAUUUUAUCUUUUUCUUGACCUCCAAGCUUUUGAAGUCCGUUCCUCAGGCAGCAGCAACGACAUGCUACGUAGCAGCGAGUCCGAAAUUGAGGAACGUGUGCGGCAAAUACUUUUCAGAAUGUAAUGAAGCUCGGACUUCUAAAUCCGGAUCGUGCAAUCAUAAAGCUCAGAGACUGUGGACUGCUUCUGAGUUGUUGGUUACUCCACCUUCCACUCCCAAUGUCCGAAGUAGCCUUGCAACGUCCUAA